GUGGCUCCGCCUCUACCUGACGUCAUUUUCCCGAGAGCAGCUGAGCGGAAGAGAAGAUGGCGGCGCUGGGAGAGCCCGUGCGGCUGGAGAGAGACAUUUGUCGGGCUAUUGAGUUGCUAGAAAAGCUACAAAGAAGUGGAGAAGUACCACCACAAAAGUUGCAAGCUUUGCAAAGAGUCCUUCAAAGUGAGUUCUGUAAUGCAGUGAGGGAGGUAUAUGAGCAUGUGUAUGAAACUGUGGACAUCAGCAGUAGCCCGGAAGUGCGAGCUAAUGCAACAGCUAAGGCCACUGUAGCGGCCUUUGCUGCCAGCGAAGGUCAUUCCCACCCCAGAGUCGUUGAGCUGCCAAAAACGGAAGAAGGGCUUGGAUUCAACAUCAUGGGAGGCAAAGAGCAAAAUUCUCCAAUCUAUAUAUCCCGAAUUAUCCCAGGUGGUAUUGCUGAUAGACACGGGGGAUUGAAGCGUGGAGACCAGCUUCUUUCUGUAAACGGAGUGAGUGUUGAAGGGGAGCAUCAUGAGAAAGCUGUAGAACUGCUGAAAGCAGCUCAAGGAAAAGUUAAGCUGGUUGUACGUUACACACCCAAAGUCUUGGAAGAGAUGGAGUCACGAUUUGAAAAAAUGAGAUCAGCAAAACGCAGGCAACAGAAUUAAUAUGGUUCAUCCAACUUAAAGAGAAGUGUGACAUUUGUUUCUCAGAUGUACCCAUAGAAACAUCAUCUAGUACUAAAAAAAAAGUAAAUUUUGUUGCAGCCUCAAUCUUUUACAGGUCUCUGUUUCUAGCAUACUCUAAUGCUUACCGAGAAGAAAAGUUUACACAGGCAUUUCUGCUUAUCUGACAGAUCUUUUUAAAAUUAAAGCCUGUAACCAUCAAAAUAAAUGUGUAGAUUUUUAAAGUACAUUUUAAUAAGCUAUUUUCAGCAUUCGUUUCACUUGUUUUUUCUGAUGAAUUUUUUUCCAUUUGACAUUGUUUAAAACAGAAAAUCUUUAUUUUGGAUACAGAUUUGCAGCCUGUCUUAAUCAUUGUGUGUCACUCACAUGAAGUGAUUCAUAACUGUGUAGUUAAGCACAGGAUUUAUACUUUUGAUGAACAAAUUUCUAUGCAUGUUCUAAAUAAUAAUUUUAUAAGGUUAUUGACAUUUUGGACACUUGUUCCAUUUUUGUAAAUAAUUUGUAACAAGCAGUCUCUUAUAGUAAUGUCUUAAUUGACUUUCUACAAUCUAGCUACAAGUCAUUCCUGUAAUUUAUAUACUUUUGUACUUAUCAGAGCAUCUCAUGAAAUUGGAAGACAUAUCUGUAUUUAUAUUCAGUAAGGUAAACCGUGUAGGCAGUGCAGAGAACAGUAAUCUAUAUGUCCUUUUACUCAUUUAAGUUAGCUACUUUUGAAUGCCUUUGCUUGUGGGAUCUCUUGCAGACAGGUUUGUCUGUGGUUUGCUGUUCCUGCCCAGAGCAUAAAUGUUGUAUGCUUGCUUGCCAUUCCCACAGUGAAAUGGAAAAGCUAAAACAUUUCACAGCUAUUUUUAAGAGUGCUAACUGAGCAAAACCAGUAUUCUGUCUUAAAGAAAACAAUAAGCAGUGCUGCUGUGGGUUAAUGGAUAUGCAGUGCUUGCAUGUAGGGUUGGUUGGGGUUGUUGGGUGUUUUGGCUCUAGACUGUUCUUACUACUUUCAUCUAAAAAGUGCACUAAUACUGCUCCAAAGCCACCUCAGGCUUAGAAUGUGUGCUAAGAGAGACCAGGUAUAUGCAUGACAUACUUCCUCCUGGAGGCAAGGAUCCAAAGUUUAUUGAUGAGUAGUUUCUUUUUGCAUUCGAGGGCAGGACUAUGGCACCACACUGAAAGCUCGCUGAUACCUUUUUAAAAUGCUUUAUUCACAUAGAUAAUGAAACCCCAGUUUCACCACUUUCUUUCCCACUUCACUUCCUUUCUCAGAUUUAAAUUACUGGUUGUACUUAUCCUUUAAAGCAUUAAAAGAGGUGUUCUUGGAUUAAACUGGUUUGGAUAAGACUAGCAUUAGCUUGACUGUCCACUAGAUGUCAGUAUGCAGGUACAGCUGCAAUGUUUUUUUCUAAAACUGCCUGCAGACAAAUAUAUUUCCUGUAUGAGAGGUCAAAAGUAUAGGGGGUUAUUUUAAUGAUAGCAUAAAAAUUAUGCAUAUCUAGAUGUAAUGUUGUAAAAAAUCAUUUUGACAUCAUGAGUCUGUAAUUGUGAAUUUUUAGUGACUGAAACACGACAAGCAUGUGAGUAUUUUGUCAUUUAGAUAAGACUGAGCACUGAACUGCAUGGUUUUAAGUAUACACCCUGCAGCAGAAAGCAAUUGGUAGAAUCAUAUCUUACACUGUGUAUUUUUAUGAAGCAGUUUGUGUUAAAACCAAAAUAGGCCAAUCAUGACAUAUUUUAAUUUAAUUGUAUAAUAUUAGAUUUGUGUUGAAACUUUAUUAAAGGUGGAAAUAGGAUUGAAGUGAAGAUUAUAAAAUUAGUUCACCUGAUGUUGCUGGCAUUGCAAUGUGUUUUAUGAUUCUAAAUAAAGAGGGUGGAGUAGCCAGAGCUGCUUUAGGAAAAUACUUUUUUAGCUAUCUUAAUGCUGACUUUUAGAAUUUGUAGGUUUGUUAUUCCAGAAUGUAAAGGUGGGGCUAGUUGGAUUUCUGGCAAUAAAAAAUCAAAAGCAGUGGAUGGGUUUAAAAUCCAUUUUGUGACCCAUAUUAAUCUUCAGAAUCACCUGGAUGAAGAUCUAAUCUUUUCUUGGUUGAUGGAAUCAAAGGUUUUUAAAUGGGAUCCAAAGCGAAGGCUAAAAGCCAGUUUUUUAAAGUUAGUAGAUGGAAAGCAAACAAAUGAAUACUACUGAACGAGUGAAGUAACUGUAUUAUAUUGAGGAGUCUAUAUAUGCAAUAAUUUAACAACCAGCACAGAUUAAAAGUAGACAAUACUGUGUAAUCUUUGUGAACUCACUGUUCCUCAGCAGGUCCUUGCUUUUUUAAGAGACAUAAGAAUAAAGGAUUUCAUAAUU